CACAGCAGUCAAGUAUGCUGGCGUCAAAUCAAACAUAAACAUUAAUGAUAUUUUCAUCUUACCAACAUCUUCGGCAGGCCAAUAAAAUUUCACGUUGUGAGAUAUAGUUUUCUUUUCUGCAGUACAUUGCUUCAAACAGAGAUUAAACAAUGUCCGAUCCACACGAUGAGCUUUGUCCGCCAAAUCAAGAAGACGAUGAACUAACCUUGCCGCGCGCGAGUAUAAACAAAAUAAUCAAAGAGCUGGUUCCGUCAAUCCGAGUGGCAAAUGAUAGUCGAGAACUAAUAUUGAACUGCUGCACAGAGUUCAUACAUUUAAUUAGCUCUGAAGCGAAUGAGGUAUGUAAUCAGCGGAACAAGAAAACCAUAAAUGCCGAGCACGUAUUGGAAGCCCUGGAUCGGCUGGGAUUUAAAGAUUACAAGCAAGAAGCAGAGGCAGUUUUGAAUGAUUGUAAGCAAGUGGCCGCCAAACGUAGACGACAAAGUACGCGACUCGAAAAUCUAGGCAUUCCUGAAGAGGAGCUUUUGCGCCAGCAGCAAGAAUUAUUUGCUAGAGCCCGCGAGGAACAAGCAGCUGCUGAACAGCAACAAUGGUAUAGCGUCCAGACGGCAACACUACAAAAUGCCGAGCUGUUCCAGAAACAAAUGUCACAAGACGAGGACGACAGUGAUGAAUAUUAAAUUCAACCGGUAAACCACUAUA